GUCAGCUGAUCGGAGAUGCAUCUCUGGUGGGAGAGAGAGGAAGGCUUAAAUAGCACCGCUCGCCGCUCAAACGCACCAGUACUAACUUCAAUUUCCAACAAAACGACACUCGACUUAUUUCUGAUCAACCUUCGGUCUGGCUAGCUGAAAGGAAAACACAAUUUCCGUUCAGGAGCCCAGAAGUUGAUUAGCAAAUUCAGAUCGUAAAAGAAGUGGCGGUAAAACUGUCCGGUCAGUAUUCAAAAAAAUAAUAAAAAAAGAAGAACGUUUUCAAACGCGGCGCGGGAAACUCGUUCAACCUAAAUUAUACAAUCGAUCGGUAAUUCCGUUGGAAAAUCCGUCAGAGAUAUUCUGCAAUUCGUCUAUGCAAGAGAUUACGUAAAGCGUAGUUCGUACGUGAUAAGUGCGUCGAGUGUGUUCGUCGAAUACAACGCACAUCUGUGCAGAUACUUACACACAUACAGAUAUACGUAUAUAUAUUGUAUACAUUUUUUCUGUAUUGUUUUGAGCGUCAACUUUUUCGGACAAAGAGUUUGAGCCGCGAGUGUGUUCGAUAGAAUUGGAAAAUUUUCCGCUAAUUGACGAAACAAAGAACAAAUAAGAAAAACGAAGAUGAAGCCCCCGUCGUAUAACACCGAGGAAGUACAGCGGAUCUCCCAGGAACAAGGAGAACGCAAUGUGGCGAUGGCUGUUUGCGUACAACUAGCUGGAAGAGCGAUCAUCAGGGUUGUGUCGAGAUGCGAAGCCGCUCAAGACAAUUGCAAUUUGGAUUUGUCCGAAUGUCAACUGAUGCAGGUGCCAGACGCGGUGUACCACCUUAUGCGACAUACAGAACUAAAAAGAUGCAACCUUUCCGGUAAUGUGAUUACAAAAAUCCCGCCAAAGUUUGCCGUCAAAUUUUCGCUGAUCAACGAAUUGAACCUGAGCCACAACCAAAUGAGUAAACUACCCGAGGAGCUUUCGGAAUUGCAAGCCUUGAAAAGGCUUGAUAUUUCCCAUAAUACCUUCAUUGCGUUACCACCCGUCACUUGCAGAAUACCUCAACUGGAACAACUUCUUGCCAACAAUAAUUCAAUCAUAGAUGUUGAUGUGGAAAGAUUGAGGCAUGCACCAGCCCUGGAAUUUAUUGAUUUACAAAACAACCCGUUGACGUCGCGAGUUCACGACCUACUCCAAACUUUGAUAGAAGUUAAAAUCGAGCUGACACCACGAGAGCGGGAAGACUGGGAAGAUCUGACAGUCUGAAAAUGAAACUGGAGUGUGGCGCGUUUACCUGAUAAGAGAAGAAAUUUUUUGUCUGUUUUUUUACGUAGAAGUGGGAAAAUAGAGUAAAAAGAUGUUAAUCCCGUUGCACUUAUAUGUUAAUUCGACCGAUUAAACGUGUCGAUUUGAGUAUUAGCAAUUCGGGACAACGUGCGAUUUAUCAGAAUAUAUAUAGCCAAGUAUAAUUGUGUUUUAUAUGUGUGGUGCAGAGAAGAGACUGACAGAACAAUAAUAUUUACCGGUGCGGGAUACGUACGCCAAAGUGAUUUAAUUUCUUCGUCUUAUAAACACUAAUUAAAUAUAAUAUAAUAUAUAACACUUGUAACUCAUCCUAGAAACACCCUUGCAGAACAGUUGCGAUAUAAUUUUCAAAUAUUAUUCCGUAUUACGCGAGUAAAUAUGUACAAAUACGUACAUAGCAUGAUGUAAUUGAAAGUUUUUCUCAAAAACACACGUUUAUGAUUACCGUUCAUAAAAUUAAUUGAUAUCAAAACAACUACUGUGAUUAUAUAUAAGUAUAUCCUUUAUCGUAUUAUAUAUAAGAGAUUGUAAACAUAUUUUGUGGAAAAUUGUUACCUUUCGUCUUUUUUUUUUUAGACGUUCAAUUUAUAGUCUCACGAAAUUAUUCAAGACAAUUAUGCUGCAAUAACUAUGCAAAAGCAGAGCGAAAGAAAAAACGAGAGAAACCACAAGACUUAACGGCUCAUUUUAAGGCAACAGUUACGAACAAGACUAGAAUAUUUGAACAUAAUGUCAUUAUUGCUCACAGUAGGUAUGUGUAUAUACGUAUGUAUAUAUACAUAUUGUAAUAUACAUGUAUAUAUAUACACAUAUAAUAUUUUUUUUAUAUUCAUAUACACAUAUAAAGAUAUAUUGAUUGAUUUACAAACUAUUUCGACUUCUGCCAAAUAUAAAAAAAUAGGAAGAUUGAUUGAAGACAAAUAAUUAUCUAUGUCAUUUUUAUGUACCAUGCAAACAAGCUUGAAAUUUUCAACGAUUUAUUUGAUAACACACGAUGUGUUCUUACAAGGGUGUGAUGUAUUAUACAUAUUAUGUAUGCAGUAUAAAUAUAUAUGUAUAAUGUACAUACAUGUAUAUAUAUAUUUAUAUAUAUAUAUAUAUAUAUAUAUAUAUAAAUGAUGUAUUAGAACCCUAACGUUAUUUCUUGCUAACCCCAGUUUUAACUUAUUUAACACGUAUACAUGAUAAUGUGUUAUUUUUUUUUUAUGAUAAAAACAAUUCAAUUUUGUGUUGUAUAUUGAUCCGUCUGACUGCCAAUUUUUCAAUAAAUAAAUUAGGUGGUGGUUUGCCGUGUAUGAGCGGCUACUAGAUCAAUUACUUAAAACGUUUCAGGGUGGGUGAUAUACGUACCUACGUCAACAACAUCGCUCAAAGUUAGGGUAAAAACAAUGUUCUCGCCUUGAUCUAAAGAGCCGCCCCAACUACGCAUGUUAUGAAAAGCAUUUUUGUGAUUUAGACAGAUUAUCUACAGCCUCUUGUGCCGAAAUACCGAAGCACAUUACUAUUUGUAUUUAAUUUUAAAACGUCUGUUCUUUGUAAAGAUUGUAUCCUAUGUUUGAAAAAAAGAAUUACCUUGUAUUACUCUGUAUUUCGAUCUAGUCAAUUGUCCAAUCGGACGUUGCAAUACAUUUUAUGAAACUAA